UAGUGAAAUGUUACGCUGGUUGGCUAAACCGCCACACAGAAGCAAAAUGGCCGAUAGUAAACUAACAGAUCACACAGCGUCUGUCAGUCACCUAGGGGUUGCCUGUGUCUUGUUUACAGCCUGAAAACCACAGUCGAGUGCAAAAGGAUAGCAGGCUUUCAGCAAUUCUCUUUACAUUAACGUUUCGGCGAUGUCAUUUCUUAUCCAACUUAGCCUUGAAAGCCUCGAAGAACAAGCUCGCUAAGCUAGCUACCUUGCUAGCCGAAGGUCUGCGAGCAGUUGUUUUUUUUUUUUUUUUUUGCACAGACGCACUUUAUUUCCGAUGUGAUUCCCGAGACAGGAGAAUCAGGGAAGGGAACAGCAGUUAAUGGAAGACAAAAAAAAGAAGAAAGACGAUAAAAAGAAAAAGGAAACCUCUCAGAAGGUGGCAGAGCAGAAAAUCAACGUGCCAGAAUCAACCAAGCCGUCUGGUUCACAGCAACUCUCCACCCCAGCCUCAGCCUCCCCCAACCCUGGCCCUAGUGCCCCGUCCUCCCCCAGUCCCGGUGCCACUGGGCUUUCUGCACCUGUUCCUCCUGGUGGCGGGAACAAUGCAAAGCAGCGGACUGCUGUGGCCAACGGACAGCCCUCCUCCCCGCCUGGAAACCAGAGCGCCCAGCAGCCGCGAUACAUGUCCAGAGAGGUUCCACCCAGAUUUCGCUGCCAGCAGGACCAUAAAGUGCUACUGAAGAGGGGGCAGCCGCCACUGUCCUCCAUGCUGCUUGGCGGAGGCGGGGGAGACGAUGGCACUGGUGGGGGCGGGGUCGGGGGUGGCUGGGGAGCCGCACCACCCUUUUCCGGCCAAGACACAGAAAACUCCAAUGCAAUCGCAGACGCGGAGUCAAACCUGGGUUCCUCCUCUCCUUCACCAACCGACACGUCAUCCUCAUGCGUGACCGGUCUCCUGUCGUCUUCAUCUUCUACCACUUCAGCUUAUGCAAAUUCCACAUGGGGGGCGGGAUCUCUCAGCCUGCCCCCCUCUCAGGGUUGUGACAAGAUCAUCGUGGAUGGGACUGAUCUGGACAACUGGCCCAGCAUCCGAGGCUCAGCCAAAUUGAGUUCUGAUGGAUCCGAAGGCGGGACGCAGGAGCAAGACCACCCUGGUAACAAAAACAGUAGUGCCUCAUGUAGUGAAAGAAACAUCCAGCAGAGAGGAGGAGGAGCCGUCGGGGGGGCGGGGAAAGAGGACAGUCCCUCCCGACCGUGUUCUUCUCCUUCUUCCUCCUCUUCAUCACAAAAUGAAUGUGUUCCGCCAGGAGGUGGCAUAUGGAGCUCUUCCACCACCUCUCAGGUGGAGGCAGGAUUUGGGUCAGCAGCAUUUUGUAAUUCCAAAGUCUCCAGUCUGCUUCCCGGGCCUGAAGAGAGUCCCGCGGAUAGCAGCAGCAGUCUCCCCGGUGCCAUUUUAAACCCCAAUGUGAACCCCUCCGCCUGGCCAGCGCUGGUACCGGGGGAGGCAUCGACUUCGACAACUUGCAGCCGUCCUCCGCACUUGUCCUCGUUUCCCGUCGGCACCGCCUCACUCGCUCUUGAGCUCACAGAGACCGCAAAAGUCGCCGUGACCGGAGAACCGCAGGAGUCCUUGGAAAACCCAAGUUCAGGUGGAGGACCACAGGAAGCGGGACCAGGACCAAAAAAAGAUGUCGACGAGAGGGAUGCGGAGUCUAACAUCAAAGGAGAAGGGAAUGGGAAUAACGCUGGCUCUUUGUCUUCCUCCGGUGCCUCUUCCUCAUGGAGAUCUUUACCUGCUGUGUCCUCUGCCCACAGAACAGGUGCCUCGGAGGAAGAUCAGUGGGGAGGAGGAGAGACUCGAGCCCACGGGCAGGAAGGCAAUCUGUGGGGCUUUGGUAACCAGGGUGACAAUACAGGGUGCGGAAGAGGAAGAGGUGAUGUUGGCUCCGACAUCCAAACGGUAUCUCAGGGAGUGUGGGAAGACAGGAGUUCGGAAACGGAGUGUGGCGACGUAGCCGAAUGUGUAAGUUCAAGUAACUUAGCAAUAGCAAGCGGACGAGGAGGAGGUGGCGGCGGCAACGGUGGCGGCAGUGGGGGUGGAGCCCGCGAAGGUGGCGGAGGCGGUGCUUUGCCGGACUCUGCUUCACCAAAGUUUGCAACUAUGGAAAAUGCUUGGGACAAUCAGAAAGCGCUAGAAAGUGGCGACGGGGUAGAGCAACAAGAAGAAGGCCCUGGAGGCGAAGGACCUUCCUCCUCCAAUGUAGAUGGAGCUGAAAGUGGUGGCGAAGGGAGUGCUAGUGGGCGGGGCAAGACGGAUGGAGUCCAGUCUGUGCUCCACCACUCGCAGCAGACCUCCAACGCUGAAGUGGCCUUACUCGGCAUGCUCAAUCGAUCCGACCUGGAUCCCAGGGUUCUGUCCAACACGGGAUGGGGACAGACGCAGAUUCGUCAGAAUGUGGCCUGGGAUCUGGCCACAGGAGCGGGAAACAGAAAUGUAAAAAGUUCCUCUUCCGCGUUCUCAUCAGGAACAAUGAACACCGAUAGUCGCAGUUCCGGGUACGUGUCCAAUUCCAGGGCCGUUACUAAUGACCAGUCUGCCAGCAGCCACACUGACAGCAUGAGCUCUGGUCCUGCUUCGGGGAGGGACUCAUGGGAUGGCGGUUCUACACAUGCCACUUGUAGUCCUCCCAUGUCGGAUGGCAUGACACACAAGCCGGGAAUGCCUGCUGUGGAUGAGAGUAAAGGAAAGGCAGCUCGCGGUUGGGGUGAUCUUCCACCUGACAAUCAGGGCAAAGGAUGGACUGAAGAACGCUGCUGGGGGGACCACAGGGGAGGGAACUGGAGGGAUAAUGUGGAACACAGCAGCGGGUGGACAGUCGGUCCGGAAGACAAAGGGACAGGUGGAUGGAAGGGAGCCGAAAGAGGGACGGUCGGUGGUUGGGAAGGAGACUGGGUCCAGAAUGAUUGCAAACCCGGUGGUGGGUGGGGAGACGGGCGGAACAGACCUUCAUGGGGUAACCUGGAUGAAGGCGGAUCUCAACGGGGAGGUUGGGGAGGCGGAGACUCAUCCAAGUCCCACCAGGACUGGGGGAGUUCCAAGCACACAGCAGCGCAGACACCAAACAGCCAAGUGGCAACAAUAAAAAACCCAAAUCAGCAGCACCAAUCACAGGGCCAUCACCCGCCCGGGGGAAACGCCCAAGGAGGCUGGGAGAGCCGGUCUAAUGUUGUAGGGGGUGGUCCACCAUCCAAGACUCAAAACCAAAGUCCAGGCUGGAUCUCUGGCCCGAUUCCACAGAUUUCUGGGGAUGACUCCAUAGAGCCCAGCGGCUGGGAUGAGCCCACUACUCAGCCAAUCGGUCGCAAAAUGGAAAUCGAUGAUGGAACUUCAGCCUGGGGAGAUCCUACCCUUUACAGUGGCAAAAAUGUCAACUUGUGGGACAAAAAUAAUGCUCCGCCCGGCGAAAGCCACAGUCCGCAGGCCCCGACGCUGUCCGUGCAGCAGCCGCCGCCGAGACGACAGCAGGCUUUCCAACACAGGGACGCCAACUCCGGAAGUGCAGCAGUUGGUCCGGGCAUGUGGGGAGGGGCCACCCAAUCUGUCGAUAAUGGCGCAGCUACUUGGAACCAAGCAUCAGAUCCAGCUGCAGGAUGGGGAGACGCCGAGGACCCUGGCAAAAGAUCCGGCUGGGGGAACCUGUCCCCCAGCCCUGGUAAUCCAGGCACCAAGUCGAUGGAAACCUGGGGUGGAAAGGGAGAGGGCUCAAUGGCAGCCUCCCGCCAUCCCAGCUGGGAGGAGGAAGACGAUAGUGGGCCCGGGGUCUGGAAUAGCGCCGGCUCCCAAGGAAGUAGUUCCUCCUUCAACUCCGUGGGCUGGAGUCAUGGAGGCAGGAGAGGCAACAUCAAGGGGGGAACUGGAGACAGCUGGAUGAACCCGAUGUCACGGCAGUUUUCAAACAUGGGUCUUCUGGGUGACGACCCGAGCUUAGAUAAGAAGAUGGACGGCGACAAGCGGGGGAUGGCUGACUACAAUGGGGAGAUGAGGAGAGGCGGAAGAGGCGGAGGAGGUUACCGAAUGCCUAAUUCCAAAGACUUGAGUCCCGUUGACAUGGGCGCCUAUGGUGAAAAGAUGGGUAGCCAUGGAAUGUAUGUUGGCGGUGGUGGAGGGAUGCCUCAGCCGCGAGGGAUUCACCAGCCUAGCGUGCAUCCUAUGAACCCCUCUCAGGGGCUACGUGCUCAAGUGCCUCAUCCAUUCCUGUCUGCUCAGGUGCCGGGUCCAAUGCUGAAGCAGAUGCCGUCUCCUGGUGGCAGCAUGGUUGGGGGAGUAGGAGGUCUCGCUUCUGUCGGGGGGGCCGGGGGUGUCGGCGGAGGAGUGUUCUCUCAGAUUUCCCCGCAACAAUUAGCGGUGCUCAGUAACCUCUACCCCCACGUGCAGCAGUUCCAUCUGGCUUGUCAGCUCUUGCUACAACAACAACAGCAGCAACAGCAGCAGCAGCAGCAGCUACUGCAAAACCAGCGGAAGUUCCCCCAGCCACAGCCGCUACGACAACAGCCAGACCCACAGCAGCUGGCAAGGAUCGUGGCCAUCCUGCAGCAGCAAAGACACCAACACGGUGGGGCAGCGGGAGGGACCUCAAAGUUGUCUCCCUCUCACCGUGGAGGAGGUCUGGCUAACCAGCCAAUGGUUGACUCCUUUCCACAUCCUGGAGUGGGUGGCCCCGUAUCAGACCUUCAUUCUAAAAUGCAAGGGAUGUACUCCGGGUUAGCCCCAGGCGGUAACAUGUCAGGGUUGGAACUCGGAGGUCCCAUGAUGGGGGGCAUGAAGGACAUGGGAGGACAGCAGUCCCGCUUCAAAUGGAUGAUGGAGGGACAUUCCCCGGCUCCAUCUCCUCCCGACUCUAGCCUUCUCAAGAAUGGCUCCACAGAAAACUGGCAGCGCACCCCCGGGAGUAAAUUGGGGAACAAACCGUCCGCAUCCAGCUGGCCGCCAGAGUUCCAGCCGGGUGUGCCCUGGAACGGAAUCCAGAAUAGCGGCGAUCCAGAAUCUGACCCUUACAUGACCCCCAGUGGUGUUCUCGGCUCCCCUGGACCUCCGACACUCACUGAUUCCGACCAUCAGUUAUUACGAGACAACAUAGGGCCAAAUCCUGCCCUCAACACCUCGCUGCCUUCACCCGGUGCCUGGCCCUACAGUGCCUCAGACAGCCCGCUCAGCAAAGCACACAGUACAGGAAAGUACUCCGAAUACAAGCCCAGUUGGCCCCCAGAGCCCAUCGGACAAAACAAGUCGUGGAAGGCCAAUCGCAACAGUUCACAGCUGCCACGCCCCCCUCCCGGCCUAACCAAUCAGAAACAGGGCACACCUUCUCCUUGGGGAAGCGUAGGCCCGCGGAUAGCCCGGGGAUGGGGAGGGGGCGGAAUGAAUCAAGACUCCAGAUUCGGGCCAGGCACAGCUUGGAGCGAUGGUAUGGCAUCAAGAGCCAGUUCCUGGUUGCUGCUAAGCAACCUGACACCUCAGAUUGAUGGCUCUACACUUAAGACUAUCUGCAUGCAGCAUGGUCCCCUGCUCACCUUCCACCUUGGCCUUACCCAGGGCAGCGCUCUGAUUCGCUACAGUAGUCGUCACGAGGCAGCCAAGGCCCAGGGUGCACUGCACAUGUGCGUGCUGGGCAACACCACCAUCUUGGCCGAGUUCCUGAGUGAGGAGGAAGUGGCUCACUAUUUUGCACAUUGCCAGGCCGCGGGUGCCGACGGGACGGGCGCGGGAAAGGCGGCAUCCGCCGGCUCCUCCGGAACGGUCCCCGCUAUGACCCAAAGCGGGGCCAGCUCUCCAAGAGGCGAGGGGGCGGCAGUGAGCACAACCUCGGGUGGAGACGGCGGCGGCGGCGGCGUCGAAAGCGGGACAGGGGGUCAGAGCGGCGUGAUGCCCCCGGGCUCCGGCUGGCAGAGCCUCGACGGUACAGGUAGCUGUUCGGAAGCCUCCUCGGCCCAAGGACCCGGGCUGGGGAUUUUUUCCCAGUGGAGCACUAAUGGAGCAGGAGGAGUAGGGGGGGCAGAACCCGGGAGGUCUGGACUUUGGGGCGGCAUGUCGGCGGGAUACCACGGCAGCAGCCUGUGGGGGGCGCCGCAAAUGGAGGAAAGGCAACAAAUGGACAGCCCCGCUGCUUUGUUGCCAGGCGAUUUGCUGGGCGGGGGGGCCGAUUCCAUCUAAAAGAGCCUUCUCCUUUUUGCAGGUGUGGACACACUGAUACUGCAUACACUGGGAUUACACCUUGUACUCACUAUAGCACACCGACACAUUGACAUGAUAUGCAUAUAUUAAUGUUCCACACACAUAGACAUUGUUUGCAUAUCAUUGUGCUCACGCGUAAAGAAGAAAUGUGAGACGUGCUUACACACAUUCUUGUGGCCAGACUUAAGCUAUUAUAUAACUAAACGCAGGGACUGUUAGAUGUAUACAGCCUUUUUUUUUUUUUUUUUUCCACAGAUGAAGAUUUCAACUGCUUAGACUUGAAACCUGAAUGAGAAUGAAAAAGUCGGGCGGGUCUGAAAGACUCGACUAGACCGCGAUGUGCUUAGUAAAUAAGACUUUUGCACAGAUUUACAUUCACACACCAAAAGCGGACAAGCCUUUUGACAGACGGGCACUGUACACAGCAUUACCUUCAUUGUGUAAGAAUACCUAAAACUACUACAUGUGACAAGUGCAGUUUGUAUUCACGCACCCGGGACGAGUUGCGGGUGGGGUGGGGGGUUGGGGGUGGUCUGGGGGCAGUGACAUUAAUCCAAACACAUGCAAUCAGCUCUGAUUAACAGAACUGCAUCUUACUUACUGUGUAUGUCAAAUUUGUUUAUUUUUUUUCCAGUUUCUAUGUAAGGCUUUAAUUUUUGAAACAGUGAAAAAUAAUGAAAAUGUAAUUUUUUUUUUUGUUUUCAAAAUGCUGACCUCCUACUGUUUUAUCUCGCGCACUCUUUGUUAUUAUCUCUUAAAUAUGUUUGUUACUGUUGCAGUGCUAAAUGUUCAAUUGAGGCGUUGUUGCAUUUCUCCAUGUGUGGGUACUGUGUCCAGUAUCAUUCACACUAUAUGGACAUGUGUAUGAGUGGGACUGAGACCAAGUACGUGGAUUCAACCACCACUGUGUGCGUGUGCAUGUUACUACCUGUCAGAAAUGCAGGCCAGGCUGCUUACUAUACAGAAGGUCUAUACAAAUUGUUUUGUGUGUUCAUUAUACCUGCUGAAUAUGUUAAGAAUAUGGCACUAAUGCUUUUUUUUCCUCUUACUAGAAGUUGUUUGUUUUUGUAGUGGAGUUAUCUUUUUAUUGUCCAACUUGCAAUAAUUAAAAAAAAAAAAACAAGAACAUUUUAAUGACACAAGCGGAUAAAGGCAUAAGCGUUGGAAAACCUGGAAAUGCCAAAAUCUUAUCAAACUGUGUUGGAGCGGGUGGGAGGGGUGGGCUGGGUUGUUUACAACUGCAGAAAAAGAGUUACCAUAUGUUUUUAAUGUUCUGGUGUUGUGUAUUGUUUUAAAUUAAGACAGGCUUUCACACUCCUGUUCAGUGUUUUUGUUUUGAAAAUUUUACAAAGGAAAAUUUUAUUUAAAUGAGAACAAGAUUAAUAAAGAUGAA